CGUAGUGAGGAGGGCGAUGUAACAGCCAAGCAGCGCAGGAGCAGCGUUGUUCUCAGAAACAGUCACAUAAACAGCAGCCAGGGUAGGCCUCCUCCCUUCUGAAGCAGCAUACUGCAGCCUGGUGAAAUGCAAGGCUCUGAGGUUGGAAAAAUCUCCGGAGUUGAGCAUGGCUACUGUAAAAGCCUUGCUCACAAACCCUGAUGAUCUGAACAGGCAAAACUCCACAUUAGCAAGCGAUCCUUCGGGAAGAGAAAUGCUACCUUUUCUAGGUUGUUGCCAGUAGGCAGACCCCUUAAAGAAGAGCUCAAAUUACCUGUAAGGAAAAAAUUUUAAAAGGCAGUCAGAGAGAACAAAGUUUUGGCAUGCCUGCAGAAACAGCAGUGUCUGUAAAAACUACCUAGAGGCAGCAGCUAAGUGUUGAUUUGCCCAUGACUCUUACCUGGGAGUGGAAGGUGGGAAGAAAUGGACAGUGGCCGUGACAACAAGACGAGGCACGGUGCAGCUUGGUGAAGCCACGCUCUGACUGCGUCCUGCCCCCUCUUCAUGCAGUGCUGCGGGCUGGUACAUCGCCGGCGAGUACGGGUGUCCUAUGGUUCGGCAGACUCCUACACCAGCCGCCCAUCCGAUUCAGAUGUGUCUUUGGAAGAGGACCGGGAGGCGGUACGCAGAGAAGCUGAGCGGCAGGCCCAGGCCCAGUUGGAAAAAGCAAAGACAAAACCUGUGGCAUUUGCAGUUCGGACCAAUGUCAGGUACAGCGCAGCCCAGGAGGAUGACGUUCCAGUGCCAGGCAUGGCCAUCUCAUUCGAGGCAAAAGACUUUCUGCAUGUUAAGGAAAAAUUUAAUAAUGACUGGUGGAUAGGACGCUUGGUUAAAGAAGGCUGUGAAAUCGGAUUUAUUCCAAGCCCGGUCAAACUAGAAAACAUGAGGCUACAACAUGAGCAGAGAGCCAAGCAAGGGAAAUUCUACUCCAGUAAAUCAGGAGGAAAUUCAUCAUCCAGUUUGGGUGACAUAGUUCCUAGUUCCAGAAAAUCGACACCACCGUCAUCUGCUGUAGAUAUAGAUGCUACUGGCUUAGAUGCAGAAGAGAAUGAUAUUCCAGCAAACCACCGCUCCCCUAAGCCCAGUGCAAACAGUGUAACGUCACCCCACUCCAAAGAGAAAAGAAUGCCCUUCUUUAAGAAGACAGAGCACACUCCUCCUUAUGAUGUGGUACCUUCCAUGCGUCCAGUCGUCCUGGUGGGCCCUUCUCUGAAGGGGUAUGAGGUCACGGAUAUGAUGCAAAAAGCACUGUUUGAUUUUUUAAAACACAGAUUUGAAGGGCGGAUAUCCAUUACAAGAGUCACUGCUGACAUCUCCCUCGCCAAACGCUCAGUAUUAAACAAUCCCAGUAAGCAUGCAAUAAUAGAAAGAUCCAACACAAGGUCAAGCUUAGCGGAAGUUCAGAGUGAGAUUGAAAGGAUUUUUGAACUUGCGAGAACACUGCAACUGGUAGUCCUUGACGCGGAUACGAUUAACCACCCAGCUCAGCUCAGCAAGACCUCUUUGGCCCCUAUCAUAGUGUAUGUAAAGAUCUCGUCUCCUAAGGUUUUACAAAGGUUAAUAAAAUCUCGAGGGAAAUCUCAAGCAAAGCACCUCAAUGUCCAGAUGGUAGCAGCUGAUAAACUGGCCCAAUGUCCUCCGCAGGAGUCAUUUGAUGUGAUCUUGGAUGAGAACCAGCUUGAGGAUGCUUGUGAGCAUCUUGCUGAUUAUCUGGAGGCAUACUGGAAGGCCACCCACCCUCCCAGCAGUAACCUCCCCAACCCUCUCCUCAGCCGGACUUUGGCCACCUCAACUUUACCUAUGAGCCCCACCCUAGCCUCUAAUUCACAGGGUUCUCAAGGCAACCAGAGGACUGAUCGCCCUGCUCCCCGGUCCGCUUCCCAAGCUGAAGAAGAACCUUGUCUGGAACCAGUCAAGAAAUCCCAGCACCGUUCCUCCUCAGCCACCCAUCAAAACCACCGCAGUGGGACAGGUCGCGGCCUCUCUAGGCAGGAGACCUUUGACUCUGAGACCCAGGAGAGCCGAGACUCUGCCUACGUGGAGCCAAAGGAAGAUUAUUCACACGAACACAUGGACCACUAUGCCCCACACCGUGAACAUAAUCACAGAGAUGAGAGCCACAGCAGCAACGGCCACAGACACAGGGAGGCUCGCCACCGCUCUCGGGACGUUGGUCGCGAGCAGGACCACAACGAGUGCAACAAACAACGAAGCCGGCACAAAUCGAAGGAUCGCUACUGUGGCAAGGAAGGGGAGGUCAUACCCAAGAGGAGGGACGAGGCUGGGGAGUGGAGCAGGGAGGUCUACAUCCGCCAGUGACCGUGUGCGCUCCCGCCCCAUGUCUCGUGUAGCAUCAUCCUGAAGCAAAAUCUUUGGGCGCUAAAUUGCAACCAUUUGUGAUCUGUCUUGUAUAUUUUGUAUUGCUGUUGCUUGAAUAGCAAUAGCAUGCAAACAAGUAUUCAUAUAAAUUCUUUUGUGAGUACCACAUAAAUUGGCCUAGUACAGCUGCAAUCCUCCAUCUAUAUCCUGGACUCUUCAAAUGCUGUUCGGGGUGGUUGCCACCCAACAGAGAGGCUUCAGAAAUGUAGCUGCUGUAUCGAGUGGGCCAGGUGCAGCACAGAGAAGCAGUGGAAUCUCCAUGUUUUUAAUACCCAGACACCUGUCAUUCUUUCAUGGGCCACUGUUUCUUGCUUGUACCUCUGGCUGGCUAAAUUUGGGGACAGAUUCAGUCUUGCCUUACACAAAGGGGAUUAUAAAGUUAGAAUCUAUUUUCUAUGUACUAGUACUGUGUACUGUAUAGACAGUUUGUAAAUGUUAUUUCUGCAGACACCUUAUUAUAAUUAUAUAUAAUAUAUAUAUAUAUCAGUUUGAUCACACAAUUUUAGGGUCUUAAUGCCAAGUCAGCAGAUUUGCUUUAUGAAUCACAGGGACUAGAAAUGCCCACAUUCAGGAAAUUUCUAAUAACAUUGUCUAGAUCCCUACCCCAUUCUAAAAGAGAGGCUGUACAUACUGUAAAUACGUGUGAUUGCUUGACCUGAGGUUUGAUUUCUGAAUGUAAUCCCAUUCUUGUAAGUUUUUAAUUUUAACCAUAAAUUAUGGUAAACGUAACCAAACUCCAGAGGUUUUUCUACUCCGUACAGUCCACACUGAUUGUGACAAACACAUUCUUAGCAGCUAGUGUCUGUUAUAGUCACUGCACUGGAGUAUGCAAGCCGAAGCCGCCAUGUGCGCACGCGUGUGUGAGUGUGUGAAUGAGUGAGCUGAAGUGGAAUGCGAAAGACUAGUGCGGAAACUAGAGGCCUGUGGCUGAGAAUUCUGCCCACCUGGCUUUGUUUUUCGUUGUGUUGUAUGUCGCUUUAAAACCCACUGAGCAGCCAGGGAAUGUGAGGAAGCUUGCUGCCAAAGGAAGCAGGGAAGCAUUCAUCUGCUGACUCCUUGCUUUUGCUCCCGGAGAGAGAAAACACGGGCAUCUUGUACUGUGAGUGUUCCACUGGAAAUGUACAAUCUUUGUGUGUCAGAGUAUUUUGUUUUAGUAAGAAAUGUUUACACAGCUUGUGCAAUUAUUUCAUAGGGAAAUAAAUUUUUAUAACUUGUCCCAUUUCACUUUCUAACCUUGCCUACUGCUCCUGUUGUUUAUCUUCAGUUCCCUAUUGUCACCCCCCCCCCCCCCCAGCAAGCUGAGCAAUUUCACUGUCUGACAGAAUCUACGAGUGCUUCUUAUAACCAAAGUUUCUGCUAAGUCUUGACAAGUUAUCAGGGCAAAAUGCGAUGACGUGAAGCAAAAAAAGUGAUACGAAUGUUUUCUUAUAUGACACAUCUCCUGUGAAGGAGGACCCUGAAGACACUUUCUCCAAGCUUCCAUUUGCCUGUGUUAAGCAGCCUACAAUGCUCUUAGGUGAGGCUAGAAAAUCUGUCUGUCAGGAGUUCAGUGCUGACUCAUACAUAAGACUGUUAACUAGCUUCACAGGCCCACAGAUUUGAAGCUUUCCCAGGAAAAUGCCUAUCUGUGAUUACCCAAUCAGAUCAGUGUGUUACUAAAACAAAUAAUGGUUAUAAUAAAUGUAUUUUUUUUGUUUUGUUUCCUGGAUAUUCCAUGUUCUUCCCAAAUAUUGUUAGGCAUUUAUAAGUAAAGCAGUUUUGCAUUUAAAGAGGCUUUACAUUUAAUACUUUUAUCCUGUACUCAAGAAAAACACUUAAAAAAUGAGUUGUAUAUGCUAUUUUACCUGUUUAGAAAAUUAAAAAUUUCCUUUAGAAUCAGCUCUAUACGACUUAUAGAACUGGUUCACUAUACACAAAUUUCUGACCUAAGUUUAGAAAGUAUUUCUCACAGAUAGAUGUCCAGCUGUGAUCACAGAUAAACACACCUUGCUGUGUAUCUAUUUUAUCCCAAGAAUUGGCUCUGAGACACUCAGGCUCUAGGAUGGACAGUGUUUCUCUUAACCUGCAAUCACCACUCAUUCCUUUCAAAGAAUAGUUGCAUUUGUUGAAUUUGGUACCCAGUUGUUAGGUCCUCACUUCACUGUGAACAUGUCUACGCACACCAGAGCUUUCCUCUGUUCUGCCGAAGGAUCUGACCUGUGUGUGAAAGCUACGGCAGCAGUGUGUAGUUCAUCUAGAAAUAUGGAAAUAAUCCCAAGGAAGAUGGUUAUUUGCUGACAGGUGGAGGGUAGUACCAGCCUUUUUACAAACAAAAGCUUGAUCUUGACCUACUCAGUUGUAGAAUCCUGAUUAUUUUAUUCCAGGAAAUGUAGUUAAUAGUGCUAUUCUUCUACGUCAGCCAUUUCAGUUUUCCCCAUACUUUCUCUACUGCUCCUUUACUGUUACAAAAAAAGGUGCUGCUAAACAUAGGAUGUCUUAGUCGUACUGUACUGCAGACAAUGCCACAUUUUAACAUGGUCUGCUCCACAUUCCUGUUAAACACUGUCAUGACACUGAACUGUUUAACCAAACUGGUUUAAAGUCAUUCAUGGAAAAGAAUAAAGAGCUGGCUUCUA